AUGUCAUCCAGCCUAUCCAAGAAAUCCAAAACCUCCUCCUCCUCCUCUUCCUCAUCCCGCACACCCACAAAACGCAUCCUCACCGAGCUCUCCGCCUUCUCCGCCUCCCCACACCCAACAAUCACCUCCCUCGCCCCAUCCCCCACCUCCCUCCUGCACCUGCACGCAAUCCUCACCUCCCCCAUCCCCGCCUACAGCACCGGGCGCUGGCUGCUCUCCAUCACGCUCCCCCCAAACUACCCGCUCUCCCCUCCCGUCAUAAAAUUCAUAACACGCAUCUGCCACCCCAAUAUCAAGUUCGAGACCGGGGAGAUCUGUCUCGACCUGCUG